AUGGAAGGGAUAUUCAACAGCAAGGAUCUGUAUGAGUAUCUUGAGGAGCAGAAGCAGAUGAGCAUAUCUAAGACGAGAGAGAUUGCACUGUACUACAAGGCAACAUCGAAGAGUAUGGAGGAUGAUGAGUAUUCACUGCGCAUCUGGCUGGAUUACAUCAGACUUCUUAUAGACGGCUCAAGAGAUUCUACUGAGGCUCGGGAGACAUUUAAGAUGAUAAAGAUGAGAUUUUGCAAGUUCUACAAUUAUUGGGAAGCAUAUAUUAGGUUUGAGGCAGAAUGUGGAAACGAGGGACUUGGCAAGAUUGUACAGCAAAGCAUUGAGUUUGUCAAAGUCAAGGAAUUUCCAGAGAAAAGAAGCGUUUUGGAGCAUCUUAAGCAUGUUGAGAAUUGUAUAAAUACUGGAAGAGAUCCUAAAGUAUGGAUUGCUUCAUAUACAAUCAAUACAGAAAAUGAGACAAACUGUAAUUAUAGAAAUACCACACUAGAUAACUGUAUUGGUGAAUGUGAACGUUUGAAUAAAUAUGCAGGCAUGUAUGAUGCCUGUAAUUUUCAAUCAACUAAUGAACCAAGAAUCCUUGGUAAUAAAGUGUUUCUAUCAGUUGAGGGCAAUGAUCAAAGUAAAAGAAGCACAAAUAGAAUGUAUGGAGUGAAUAGCAUGCAUAAAUCCAUGGAUUUGCUAAACAAUGCAAAUAGAGCUCCAUCACUGCAUCAGCCAUGCGUUGGAGGAGUAUCUGUUAAGUUUGAUAUGGAGGAUUAUUCGCAAGGGAUAACAAGUGAGAUAAAUGCAAUGCUUGGAAGAACCACAUCUGAAGGCAACAGUCAGUCUCCGAGAUCAGAUCCGAUGUCAAUCAGGUCCAGGCAGAGAAUGAUGAUAAAAAACAUGGAGAUUGAAGUUCUGAGCCAAAUAGGAAAGGGAGGGAGUAGUAAGGUUUACAAGGUGCUGCAUGGAAGCAAUGUAUAUGCAUUGAAAAGAGUCGAGCUUGUUGGAGACGAAAAGAUGCUAAACUUGUAUACAAACGAGAUCAAUCUGCUAUACAAGUUCAAGGGAACACCUGAAAUAGUUGAGAUAAUGGAUCAUGAGAUUGGAAGAGAGUAUCUGGACAUGCUAUUGGAGUAUGGAGAAACAGACCUUUCGAGGAUAAUAAAGGCUGGAAAGCUUAGCAUGAACUUUAUCAAGGAUGUAUGGGAGCAGAUGCUUCUUAUUGUCAAGAGGGUUCAUAUGGAAAGGAUAAUCCAUUGUGAUCUUAAACCUGCGAAUUUUCUUUUUGUAAAAGGGAGGGUGAAGUUGAUUGACUUUGGGAUAUCCAAGGUGAUUAGAAAUGACACAACGAGUAUUCUAUCUGAGGAGCAGUGUGGGACUGUGAACUACAUGUCACCUGAGGCUGUGAUGCAGAGCAAGUCUAAGAUGGGAAGGAGCUCAGACAUCUGGUCAUUGGGAUGUAUUCUAUAUGAAAUGGUGCAUUCAAGGCCGCCUCUGCAUGAAUAUCCAAACAUAAUACAGAAGAUUCAGAAACUACAGGAGUAUUCUGGAUUUAAGUACGCGAGUGGUAAUAAAUUGGCAGUUGAUGUGAUGAAGGAGUGUUUAGUAAAGGAUCCAAAGAAAAGGCCCACAAUAGACGCGCUUCUGAGCCAUAGAUUCAUUACUGGCGAGGAUGAGCUUGGGUGCACAAAGGAGUUGGUCCAAAAGGUUCUCAGUAUUGUAGAACAAGAAAAAAAGCUUUUAUGCGUAGAUGAUAUUAUGCAGCGCCUAAGCAACACUGAUCAGAACCAAGCAUGA